CGGGGGGCGCCGCUGACAGUUCCCCCGGCGGCCGCCUGCUUUAAAGGGGCCGCGACACCCCUGUCCGUCUCGGCGCGGUGUGAGCGAAGGCUUUCGCGCUGUCCCUUUUAAGGGGCGCCAGGCCGGGGUCCGCCCGGCGCUAUAAAAAGCAGGAGCAGCGGUGACAGCGGGGGUGUGGUGCCGUGGCUCCAGGGCCGCCAUGGACUUCAACGUGAAGAAGCUGGCGUCGGACGCGGGGGUCUUCUUCUCCCGCGCCGUGCAGUUUACUGAAGAAAAGUUGGGCCAGGCUGAGAAGACUGAACUAGAUGCACACUUUGAAAACCUUCUGGCCAGGGCAGACUGCACAAAGAACUGGACAGAGAAGAUCUUGCGUCAGACUGAGGUUCUGCUACAGCCAAACCCUAGUGCCAGAGUAGAAGAAUUUCUCUACGAGAAGCUUGACCGGAAGGUGCCUUCCCGGGUCACCAAUGGGGAGCUGCUGGCACAGUACAUGACAGAAGCAGCCAAUGACUUUGGGCCAGGGACACCUUAUGGGAAGACCUUGAUAAAAGUUGGCGAGACUCAAAGGCGCUUAGGUGCAGCCGAACGGGACUUCAUCCACUCUGCUUCCAUCAACUUUCUGACCCCACUGCGCAACUUCCUGGAAGGCGACUGGCGAACCAUAUCUAAAGAGCGGAGGAUCCUGCAGAACCGCCGCCUGGAUUUGGAUGCUUGCAAAGCCAGGUUGAAGAAAGCCAAAGCUGCCGAGGCAAAAGCAGCGGCUGUGCCUGACUUUCAGGAGACUAGACCUCGUAAUUACAUUCUCUCCGCCAGCGCAUCAGCGCUUUGGAGCGACGAGGUGGAAAAAGCGGAACAUGAGCUGCGGCUCACACAGACGGAGUUUGACCGACAGGCAGAGGUGACACGUCUCCUGCUGGAGGGGAUCAGCAGCACACAUGUGAACCAUCUUCGCUGUCUCCACGAGUUUGUGGAGUCUCAGACCAACUACUAUGCUCACUGUUACCAAUACAUGCUGGACCUGCAGAAGCAGCUGGGCAGCUCCAAAGGAGAAAUAUUUUCAGGCACGUUCGUGGGCAACGCAGAAUCCACAUCUCCUCCCCCGGCCGCUACCUCUCCUCCAGCCGUUGCUGCUGCCACACUCCCUGCUGUGCCUACCAUUCCCGUUGUGCCCACGAUUGUCGGGGUGCCCAACACCGUGGCAGAGAGCGUACUGAACCCAAAUGAAGUCAAGCCUCCUGCCAGCGGGACACGGAAGGCCAGAGUCCUCUACGAUUACGAAGCAGCUGACAGCACCGAGCUGGCACUUCUUGCAGAUGAGAUGAUCACUGUGUACAGCCUGCCAGGCAUGGAUCCAGACUGGCUCAUAGGGGAAAGAGGGAACCAGAAAGGGAAAGUUCCUGUCACUUACUUGGAACUGUUAAGUUAAAUGUUUCCAGGAAGAAGAAUGUACAAGCAGAAUGCACCCCUCAUCUCCUGGCACUUCUAACAUGGAUUUCUUCAUCCGAGACCAUUGCUCUCUUCAGGGUUGACACUCCAUUGCUAAAACGGGAAUUGUGGGAAAGAAGUAAAACUUACAGUAAGGCUUUGGAAAAGGGCUGAUAGCACCCAGGACUGAAUUUGUUAACUCCCAGUGCAGACUGCUUUGAGGUUAGUCGUGAUGGCAUGAGAUUCUGUGAUUACUUUUUCCUACCCUACCUUAGUCUCGUUUGUCACAGUGGCUUUCCCCGGGCCAGCACGCUGUCCCCCUCAGCAGCUGCUCACAGUUUGAGUUACCCUUCCCUUGUGUCCGGUGUGGGUUAGAGUCUGCCCCCCAUCCUCUCUGUUCUUCAGCCAUAGAAUUGCCCGAGUCAAACCAUCAAGCAUUCCAGUGGGGAGGUGUCCCACGCAAACCCCCUGACAUGUUUUAGCUCCUAAGGCAAGGAAGCUGAGUUUAAGAGUUCAGAGCCUGUUAAACCCUUCCACUUCGCUCACCUGUGGGAGAGCAGUAAUGCAGCACGCUCUGCGGGCCGUGCUUGCUGCCGCCGUGCCUGGUAAUUUCAAUCCAGAGCCGUCCUGUGCAGCUGGAAGGAAAUGUCUUUGUGAAGACCAACCUCGUACCAUAGGGCCUGUCUGUCAAAAAUCCAACCUCAGUGCGAAGGACCAUGCAUCCUGCUUGCCUUUCCUCUGAGAAACUGCUCUUGGACUGCAAUGAGUUUACAAGCUUUUUUACAUGCUUUGCUCACUGUGUUAAUUGUCCAGGCUUUUCUUUCAGUGUGUCUGUUCCAGGCAUGGUUUAGCCUGACUUUCACCCGAGCUCACGGAUUUAACUGGCCCUUUCCCUCCCGUCUGGGCAGUGAGCGCUCGGUGCAUCCCAGUGCAGGGAGGGGCGAUCCCCUGUGUUGUCCUCUCCAGCCACGCACACACGGAACAACCCUGGCUGCCCUUGAGGUUGCGGUGGUUUAGCUCGAAGGGAGCACUUGGGUGUGAGGAUGUCUUGUCGUCCUGCAAUGAGUUGUGUAGCUGGAGCUCAACCAAAGGAUUUCCGCUGCUGUGUAACCAGUUCUCUGCUCAAGCUGGAUGGAAGAGAAACUCACCUGCACCGAGCUCCGUUCACAACCUUCCCCUUGGUAUGUCAGAACUAACUUUGCUUGUUUAUCAAUCUUUUUGCACUUUCCCCCAUGGUAUCGUGACCACUCUAAUGUAACAGGGCACGGAGCACCUGUCUAUGUAGGGCUCAUGGUUUUCAGCACUUAUUUGCCAAUAAACAAACUGCCUGACCUCCUGCCUCUGUAUCU